CAGACGGGAUCAUCUUCCAAACACCCUCCACCAGUGCUACAGGGAAAUCCAAAGUAAACGAACAACCGGCAAUGGGAGGAACAGGAAGAACUCUCUUAGCUCUUUCUCUGUCCUCUUCAGCUCGCUUCUCGUUCUUUCUCCUCUCUCCAGUCAAUCGUGUCUUUCUCCUCAAUCCAUUACAUAGACCGCCACAACGCAGGGUUUUUAUAGGGUUUAGACCCCUAUGCUUCGCCGCCGCCGCCUCCACCACCACCAUCUCCACAACGGGAACAGUAGACCAAUAUGUGGAACCGGUAAAACACUCGAUGCUUUUAGAAAGACUAAGACUCAGACACCUCAAAGAUUCUGUUAAAAGCACGCAACCCAAACCACCCAAGCCAUCACUGGUAAAUGAGAGUGAAAAUGGUGGGUCAAAGAAUAGGAAAAUAAAAGAGCCUUUGGCAUCGAGUUUUGAGGAGUUGGGGUUGAGUGAGGAAGUCAGGGGGGCUUUAGAAGAAAUGGGUAUUUCUGUCCCUACUGAAAUUCAGAGUAUUGGAAUACCUGCUGUACUUGAAGGGAAGAGUGUGGUAUUGGGUUCUCACACUGGGUCUGGCAAGACUCUCGCAUAUAUGUUACCUCUUGCUCAGUUGUUGAGACAAGAUGAAGCAUUAAAUGGUAUUCUGAUGAAGCCUAGACGUCCUCGAGUUGUUGUACUUUGUCCCACAAGGGAGCUAUCUGAGCAGGUGUUUCGUGUGGCAAAAUCUGUCAGCCAUCAUGCACGAUUCAGGUCUACCAUGGUAAGUGGUGGAGGCCGUUUAAGACCCCAAGAGGAUUCAUUGAAUGUUCCAAUUGACAUGGUAGUGGGAACCCCAGGCAGGGUUCUUCAACAUAUUAAGGAGGGCAACUUGGUUUAUGGUGACAUCAGAUACUUGGUGUUGGACGAGGCAGACACAAUGUUUGAUCGUGGUUUUGGUCCUGAUAUUCGCAAGUUUCUAGGCCCUUUAAAAAACCGCGCAUCAAAACCUGAUGGCCAAGGAUUUCAAACUGUUUUGGUCACUGCAACAAUGACAAAGGCAGUGCAAACACUUGUUGAUGAGGAGUUCCAGGGAAUCCUGCAUUUGCGUACUUCAACCCUGCAUAAGAAGAUUGCUACUGCUCGUCAUGAUUUUAUCAAACUUUCGGGUUCUGAAAACAAGCUGGAGGCAUUGCUGCAGGUUCUCGAGCCAAGUUUAGCAAAGGGAAACAGAGUGAUGGUGUUCUGUAACACAUUGAAUUCUAGCCGUGCAGUGGAUCAUUUUCUUAAUGAAAAUCAAAUCUCUACUGUCAAUUAUCAUGGAGAGGUGCCAGCAGAGCAACGGGUUGAGAACCUCAAAAAGUUUAAAAGUGAAGAUGGAGACUGCCCCACGUUGGUCUGCACAGACCUAGCUGCUAGGGGACUUGACUUGGAUGUGGAUCAUGUUAUCAUGUUUGAUUUUCCUUUGAACUCUAUUGAUUACCUCCAUCGCACUGGAAGAACUGCUCGUAUGGGUGCGAAAGGGAAGGUGACAAGUUUGGUAGCUAAGAAGGAUGUAAUUUUGGCCAAUCGAAUUGAGGAGGCCAUGAUGAAGAAUGAGAGCCUGGAGUCUCUUACCAUAGAUAAUGUCAGGAGGGACAUUGCCAGGACCCGAAUAAAUGUGAAAGGAAAGAAUACAAAGUUGGUAGAAGUUUCAAAUCAGAAAAACAAGACUAAAGAUGCAUGGGCAAAAUCCUACAAUGUUCGUGGCAAGGAUGUAUCUGCCAAAAGAACCUCAGGAACCAAAUCUGUUAAAGUAUCCGCUGUUGCUAAAUCUACCAAGCCUCCAGUUAAGUUAACCAAGCCUCCAGUUAAGUUAACCAAGCCAGUCAAGGCAUCAGGGGCAAGAAGCUCCAAAAGAGGAGUGACUGGUGGGAAGAAGCCAACUGAGAAAUCUUCAAUUUCAAAACUAAAUGUUGUUGGGUUCAGGGGGCGGAGUUCUUUGUCUAAGAAGAAAGGAUCAUUGAAGACCUUUGUGGAUUUGCAGCUAAAUUAGAGUUGCAUGUAGUUGAAAACUCGAAAUGCCAUGGCUACCAGCCUACCAGGCAGUGUUCAAAAAGUUGGCCAUACAGCUCAGCACUUCCCAUUCCCAUCCUGUUCACCGUUUCGUAUAACCGACACUCAACUUGUGGUUGACUUGGAGAUGUCUCAAUCGUUCUAGUCAUCUUAGUCAAUAUCAACCACUCGAAAUGUAUUUUGUGAUAUUGUUAUGCGAUGUCAAUGAUUUGA